AGCUUCAAGGACACAAUCCUCAACGAUAUCUUUCACUGACUCUCCGCUCUCUCAAAAGUCCAAAAUCCUCCAACUCCGAUCCUUUUUUACCGGCGAUAAUCUCCGAUCUAGAUCCGAUGGCCAAGGAACCAGUUCGUGUUCUCGUCACUGGAGCUGCAGGACAAAUUGGAUAUGCUCUUGUACCAAUGAUUGCAAGGGGAAUCAUGCUUGGUGCUGACCAGCCUGUUAUCCUCCACAUGUUGGAUAUUCCUCCUGCUGCUGAAGCACUUAACGGUGUCAAGAUGGAGUUGAUCGAUGCUGCUUUCCCUCUUCUCAAAGGUGUUGUUGCUACAACUGAUGCCGUUGAAGGAUGUACUGGAGUCAACGUUGCUGUUAUGGUUGGUGGUUUCCCAAGGAAAGAAGGUAUGGAGAGGAAGGAUGUCAUGUCCAAGAAUGUCUCUAUUUACAAGUCUCAGGCUGCUGCAUUGGAGAAGCAUGCCGCUCCAAACUGCAAGGUUCUUGUUGUUGCCAACCCCGCAAACACCAACGCAUUGAUCCUGAAGGAAUUUGCACCAUCCAUCCCUGAAAAGAAUAUCACUUGUUUGACAAGGCUUGACCACAACAGGGCAUUGGGUCAGGUCUCUGAGAGGUUGAGCGUGCCAGUGUCUGAUGUUAAGAACGUGAUCAUUUGGGGAAACCACUCAUCCACACAGUACCCAGAUGUCAACCAUGCUAAAGUGCAGACCUCUUCUGGUGAAAAGCCUGUUCGUGAGCUCGUCAAGGACGAUGAAUGGUUGAACGGAGAAUUCAUCUCUACAGUUCAACAACGAGGAGCUGCAAUCAUCAAGGCUAGGAAGUUGUCUAGUGCACUUUCUGCUGCUAGCUCUGCUUGUGAUCACAUCCGUGACUGGGUCCUUGGAACUCCAGAGGGUACCUUUGUUUCCAUGGGAGUAUACUCCGAUGGUUCUUACAACGUUCCAUCAGGACUUAUCUACUCCUUCCCUGUAACCUGUCGCAAUGGAGAGUGGAGCAUUGUCCAAGGCCUUCCGAUCGAUGAAGUAUCAAGGAAGAAGAUGGAUUUGACUGCAGAGGAGCUCAAGGAAGAGAAGGACUUGGCGUACUCAUGCCUCUCUUAAACCAAUACUCUUCUUUUGAAGCCAUUUAAGAGUUGAGAUCGUUAAAAAGCUUGCUGCAAGGCUUUGUCGGAAUAAGAAAUGUCUUUUAAAAAAAAACUCCAAAAACACUGUUAUAGAACCUCUUUGUGGGUUUCUCUUUGAUGACUGAUGAGCAUUGUCCCUGGUCUGUUUCUAAACCAGGAUAUCGUUUAUUAUGUGUGUCUGAUUUGGUUUACCCAUAAAAAAGGAAAAUAGGCAAUUCCAUGGUUUAUCGUUUGUGCUCA